UUGAAAUAUUCAUUCAUUUAAUUUCUAGUAGCGCAAAACCAUACCACAAUGGCAAAAUUCUGGAUGACCCUCGCUGUUAUGUGUGCUAUUGGAGCUGUUGUGGUUCAAGGAGAGUUCGACAAAAAGGAAGCUAUUGCCAAGUUCAUGACUAAAGCUAGUGAUUGUAAAACGAAUGUUGGUGCGGCAGAUGUCGAUAUGGAAGAACUGAUUGAACGAAAACCAGCCUCAACUAUGGAGGGAAAGUGUUUACGAGCAUGUCUGAUGAAAAAGUUCGAAGUGAUGAAUGACUCAGGCAAAUUUGUGGCUGAUGUUGCCCUGAAACAUGCCGAAAAAGUAACCGACGGUGCUGUUGAUAAAAUGCAAGUUGCUUCGGAAAUUAUCAACGCUUGCGCCGACAUUGAAGUGUCAUCGGAUCAUUGUCAAGCUGCUGAAGAUUAUGGCAAGUGCUUCAAACAGCAAGCCAAUGCUCAUGGAAUCAAUGAAAAUUAUCAGUUUUAAUUUUUUAAUAAAAGUCGGCAAAAUUAUCCUUAAAAA